AUGGCUGAAGACAAGUAUAAGACAAAGUACAAAGAACUCAAACGACGGAUCAGACAAAUCGAAGACGAGAACGAUGCACUGCAUAUAAGGAUCUACAAGGCACGAAAGAGCAUCAACAGGCUACGACUUGAACGAACCUUUCUCUUGGAGCGUAUGGAUAAGACACAGCAUGGUCGUGAUAGUGAACAUUCUGAUGGCGUAUCGGAUAUGCUUUCGCAUGAUGGAGACGUGAAUUUCCGCUACCAGCACCAUCCUCAUCAUCAUCAUCAUCAUCGUGGCAGACGUGGCCGAAUACCAGGAGAAAAGACGCCCAGAAAGAAGAAGGAUCCCAAUGCACCCAAAGGACCUGGCAAUGUCUUUUUCUUAUUUUGUCGUUUGGAGCGUGACAAGGUGAAGGAUGCUUUUCCUCAAGAAAGCUUGGGCGAUGUCACCAAACUAUUGGGUCAAAAAUGGAAAGGCUUGACACGAGAAGAAAAGCAGAAAUACUACGACAUGUACAAAAAGGAGAUGGAUGAAUAUGAAGUGGCUAUGAAAUCAUACAAUGAGGCAACAUCAUCAAGCAACAUCAACGCCAAUGCAACAUCCUCUGAACCUGUUGACAAUGAAGCUGAAGCUGUAGCUGCUGCUGCUGAAGAUGCUGCCGCUGCUGCAUUAGCCGGCGCAGAGAACUACUCCACAGUGUCUUCUCCUAUGCAAUCAUCAGCGAUGCCAUCCCCAGAACUUCAAAGUGAUCCAUUGAUGCCCCCUGAAGAUCAUGAUAUGGAUGAAGAGGAUGAGCCUGUACAACCACAACCACCUGCUGGAGGUCUUGCAUCAGUGGAUUCUUCAUUAUCACCACAACAACAGCAACAACAACAACAACAGCCUGCUACCUCCUCGAAUCAUACCAACAACAACAGCACCUCCAUGACUACAACAACACCUUCUACUGAAUCACAAGAUCCAUCAACGAAGCAAUCGCAUGAACCAUCCCCCAUGCAACAAGACGCAGGGUCUAUGUAG